AUGCCGAAACGGAAAAGAAGGCAUUACGGGAGAUGCAUCGAAGAAGACGAAGAGCUGAAGCACAAAGGUUUACGGCGAGCUGCAGAAAAUGAAGAAGAAACCGCUAGCAGACUGAGUGCGCAAGCAGAGCGCCAAGCAAACCUACGUGUUCAAGAAACGGAAGAAGAAACCGCUAGCAGACUGAGUGCGCAGGCAGAGCGCCAAGCAAACCUACGUGGUCAAGAAACAGAAGAAGAAACCGCUAGCAGACUGAGUGCGCAAGCAGAGCGCCAAGCAAACCUACGUGGUCAAGAAAUGGAAGAAGAAACCGCUAGCAGACUGAGUGCGCAAGCAGAGCGCCAAGCAAAUCUACGUGGUCAAGAAACAGAAGAAGAAACCGCUAGCAGACUGAGUGCACAAGCAGAGCGCCAAGCAAACCUACGUGGUCAAGAAACGGAAGAAGAAACCGCUAUGAGACUCUGCACGCAAGCACAACAGCAAGAAAACUUACGCGCUCAAGAAACGGAAGAAGAAACCAGUUCGAGACUCUGCAGGCAAUCACAUCGGCAAGCAAACCUACGUGCUCAAGAAACGUGA